UAGAUUUUGGUUUAAAAUACAAAAUGUUACUCAAAUGUGUCUCUCAUAAAGCUAUUGUUUAGAACGACUCAAUACAGACAAUUACAUAGUUGCUUAUUUAUUGCUUUUUAUUUCCAUUGGACGAGUGAAAUUGCAGUUCAGCAGGUAAAACUAACGACAACGUUUGCACAUACGCAGGAUGGAGCUGCGACCACUUGUUAUGUGCUUUGCUCUCUGUGUGGUUUACGCCACCAGUAAACCCACAGAGAAGAAGGAGCGUAUUCACCACGAUGAACCCCUCAGCAACCGAGAUCAUGAUGAUAUAGAGAACUUUGACUAUGACCAUGAAGCCUUUCUGGGACAAGAGGAGGCCAAGACCUUUGACCAGCUCACACCAGAGGAGAGCAAGGAGAGGCUCGGCAUGUUGGUCGAACGUAUAGAUGAGGAUAAGGAUGGCUAUGUGACAGCUGAGGAGAUGAAGAGGUGGAUUAAGCACGCUCAGAAGAGGUGGAUCUACGAUGAUGUGGAUCGACAGUGGAAGAGUCAUGACCUCAAUGGGGAUGAAGUGGUGUCCUGGGAGGAGUACAAGAAUGCCACUUAUGGAUACAUUCUUGAUGAUCCCGACCCCGAUGAUGGCUUCAGCUACAAGCAGAUGAUGGAUCGCGAUGAGAGGAGAUUCAAAAUGGCCGACCAAGACAACGACCUGAAAGCCAACAAGGAGGAGUUUACAGCCUUCCUUCACCCUGAGGAGUACGACCACAUGAAAGACAUUGUAGUGUUGGAAACUAUGGAAGACAUUGACAAGAAUGGAGAUGGCUUAAUUGAUUUAGACGAGUACAUAGGUGACAUGUACAACCAGGAGGGAGACUCCACAGAACCUGAGUGGGUGAAGACAGAGAGGGAACAGUUUACUGAAUUCAGAGACAAAAACAAAGACGGAAAGAUGGACAAGGAGGAGACCCGAGACUGGAUCCUGCCCAGUGACUACGACCAUGCUGACGCCGAGGCCAAGCAUCUGGUCUACGAGUCAGAUGCAGACAAAGAUGGCCGUCUGACAAAGGCAGAAAUCGUGGAUAAGUACGACCUGUUCGUGGGCAGCCAGGCGACCGACUUCGGAGAGGCUCUGACUCGACACGACGAGUUCUAACAUCCACAUGCCUCCAAAGACUCUCUGUUCAUCUUACUCCUCCGACAGUGGAAGGAGUAAUUAAAACAAGAUGAGCUCGCCUAAUCCAACGCCACGGACAAUAAUUUAUUUGAUUUUUUGAAUGUGUCCCAUUGUACACACACUUACAUUACACACUAUCAGUGUGUCCUCAUGCUCAGUUGUGUGUUAGAUUGGGAUAUAUCGCACGCCUUUGCUCUGCUUCCACACACUACUCUUCCCUUUUCCAGGUCAGGCGAAGGACAAACAGUGUUGGAUGACAAUUUGUUUCUCUUUUGAAAGAAUCAUUUUAUGAAAUAGCCAUGUUUUGUUACAAAACCCUAAUAGAACAAGUUUAGAUUUGCAGUAUACAGAAUAGUUCAUUGUACCAUUUCUUUUUGCAAAGCACUGGACUGAGGAGUAAAGCUGAAUUCUACAAUUUGGUCUACUCCUCCCGUCUAAUCCAUGCAGUCAGGCUCAAACUGAAAACUCUAGUUACUGAUUCACUUAUACUUUGUCUUUAUUGAUUAUAAAAUGGUAUAGGGUGUUUGGAACGAGGAGUGAAUGUUAGAUUCCAGUGACGAUGAAGACUAUUUGGACUAGUGCAAUACAGUCAUCAAUUGGGACCAUGCUGUGUUUGCUAUACUGGUCCCCAAAGCAUCCAUGCUAACACGAGCUGCGUGUUAGUUGAAGGAAUCAAGAAUUUAUGAUUUAAGGACUGAUGGAUGCUUUGUCCUCGAAGCUGCCUCCUUUUCUUUUUUUCUCAUCACCUCAAUAGUGUAUGCGUGUGAAUCUGUGUGUACAUAUAUGACUUGUAUUCUUUAUGAUUGACUUCCCCUUUUUGUUUGAUGUUAUGUUUUGUUGAAUUCAACUGAACUCAUUUUUGUGCCAUGCAAAAAACUGUCCUUUUUUUGUAAGCGAUAUGAUAAAAAAAUGCUUUUUUUCCCCUUCAAACACUUCCUCCUCCUAAAUUUAUUUGUUAAGCUUGUAUUAUCACUAUCACCAUUUAUAACCACUGUUGAGAAUUUUUAUGGUAUACUAUAAUGUAUAUGAUAAUGUUUUUUUUACAGGCUCACUGCAGCGACCACCCUUUCACUAGUGACUUUACUGUAAAUAUGUUGUUGGUCUGCAAACCGAGCACUCUAACAAUCAGAUCCAGUUUUUGUGAUUUGAGAAGAAUAUCUCAAUAAAAACAAAUAAAAUUGGAGUUUUUA